ACCCUAUCCUCCUCCUCCUCCUCCUCCUCCUCCUCCUCCCACUGAGGAUGCAGGACAGUGUGUGUGCUCCUGACUCCUGACGGCACACACAAGUGGCCGCGACCAUCACGAGGACAGUCCCAAAAUAAGCUUCUGGGAUCAGAAACCUUUUGUUAUUGUUGUUGUUUUUUUAUUCUUCUUCGUGGCUUUUCUCCCCCUCCAAAGCUGUCACUAUUUUCUAUUUUCCUCUUGACUCACGAGAGCAUGACGGAGCUCGGACUUGCACAUUUGGGAUGAUUUUAAUAAUGGUUCGCUUCAAAUGUACCUUUCCACGGAGCUGCAGCUGAGCUUUCAUUCACAGUGCGACUGGAUUCUCAGCGUGAUGGAUAUAAAUGUGUUCGCAGUGCUGAAACUUUUUGUUGUUGGGAUUUUGGCCCAGCAGCAGCAGCCUCUAGACCAGUUUGUGGAGAGCGAGCCACCCAGCAGCAGUCACGAGCCCAGAACUCCACAAUGGGCAGUCAAUGCCUUGAUGAUGAGAGGGUUGUCAGCCACCGACAGCUUCAACAUCGAGCCCACUCCCCCCCGGCCAGGGAUCUGCAACGAGUCCCGUCUGCAGUGGGAGGUGGAGGUCUGUGGGGAGAACUUCAAGCGGGACAUGGGACACAUAGACCCACAGUACUGGUGUAACCUCACACACUUCAUCAGUGAGUACCACCACUUCACCCACUGCACAGAGAAAAAGUCUGAGAUGGUUAGCUGCUACUGGCCCAACCCGCUGGUAGAGAGCUUCAUCAUCCGCAUACACAAGCACUUUUUCUCCAACUGCACCAUGGAGCAGGUGGUAUGGGUGGACCCACCGGACGACACGUUAACCAUCCUCAUCCUCAUCCCUGUUUUCCUCACAUUGGCCAUGAUCGCUCUGGUGGUGUGGUGCAGCAAGAGGAGUGAUAUCCUGGCUUAAGAGGAGAGAACGAUGGAGGAGAGGACGGAGUUCAAGGUCCCAACCUCUCCACCAAAACAAUACUGUACAAAGGAGUGCACAGAAGUUCUGGGAGGUUGUUUCAGCUGGUCAAAUUACGCCAUAAGUGGUGGCACAAAGUCAUUAAACUUUCUGUGGAGAUGAGGAAAGUAGUGCCUGGAAGUACAGAGUUGUAUUUGCUGUAAUAUUUAAAUAUAUUAGUUCUGACAGUGAUUUACUAUCACUGAACAUGUUUAACUGAUCAACAUACACUACUGGUCAAAAGUUUUAGAACACCCCAAUUUUUCCAGUUUUUUAUUGAAAUUCAAGCAGUUCAAGUCAAAUGAACAGCUUGAAAGGGUCCAAAGGUAAGUGGUGAACUGCCAGAGGUAAAUAAAAAAAGGUAAGCUUAACCAAAACUGGAAAAUAAUGUACAUUUCAGAAUUAUACAAGUAGGCCUUUUUCAGGGAACAAGAAAUGGGUUAACAACUUAACUCUAUGGAGUC